CCAGUCAGUUCCAGUUUCCUGUACCUGCGCACGAAGAUACCAUUGUCCCGUUGAACUCGUUCAUUGGAAACCACCUGUCUACGUAACUAGAUGUUGACCCUCUCGUUCUGAACCUCCCUCCUAGACUUGACAUCGAGCACUCCGCCACCAUGCUACCCUUUCUCGCUCCAUACCUUUCCAACCCUCGGCAAUCACUGUCGCAGGUACUGAAUUUCGCCCUGGUUCUGUCGACUGCUUUCAUGCUAUGGAAGUCUCUGUCCGUUAUUGCAGACUCGCCCUCGCCCAUUGUGGUGGUACUGAGUGGAUCAAUGGAGCCUGCAUUUCAAAGAGGUGAUUUACUGUUCCUUUGGAACCGAGACAAAACGGCCGAGGUGGGAGAAAUCGUCGUCUACAACGUGAAGGGCAAGGACAUUCCUAUUGUUCAUCGCGUCGUCCGAAGCCACGCAGCUGCAGCGCCCGUCGAGGCGGACAAAAGCAGUAACCUCUCGAAAGCGUCCCCGAAACUCCUCACCAAAGGCGACAACAACGUGGCCGACGACACGGAGCUCUACGCGCGGGGCCAGAGUUAUCUGGACAGGAAAGAGGAUAUCAUUGGGAGCGUUCGCGGAUACGUGCCAGCGGUGGGAUACGUGACCAUCAUGCUGAGCGAGCACCCUUGGUUGAAGACGGUCAUGCUGGGAAUCAUGGGCUUGAUGGUGAUUUUGCAAAGAGAAUGAAGGAUGAUACCAUUUAACCAAUGAAGACGCGCCAACCCACGGACAAUCCUGAACGACCUCCUUUUUGAAGGAUGAAACAUCGCCAAACAACGAGUGAAAACGGCACUCUGCAACCCUUUUCCCGCUUGUGUAGGGGUUCUGCCGCCACAGGUCUCGGCUCUGUCAGAUAUACUAAGACACUUGUUGGCAAGACCAGGAAAUAUACCGGACAAGGAGGAUCGCUUUGCCAUCAGCGAAGGGAUACUGUCGGAUUGUGGCCGAUGUAUAGGGAUCGGAGGCUUUUGGACCCCAACUCCCGCAGUCAGGAAACGUGGACCUGUCAAGUGCGGCUCUAGGGUUAAUAAGGCCUCUUGAUGGGAGUAACAAACACAUGCAGACAGCUACAGCUCCGGAUAGGGUGCAGGCUGUGCUGACGGUGCUGGCGGUUGUCGGACAAUUAGAUGCCUCCCAGUCCGGAAGCUCCCUGGUGUGUUCAACGCCGUUGGAUGUGACAAAUAAGGACGGGUCGAGCAGGACAUGGGCCUUACAGGGCGAACCCUCUUGGGGAACAUCUCCUAACGACCCGUCCAACGGGCGUCGAGCAUGGCGCCAUAUGCAAAAUCUGGACCCCAACCGUGGCGCCCAGAAAGUCAAUGGCCAAAUCCCAGUGUCCCCCUGGUCC